GGGGUUAGAGGGAGGCGGAAAGAGUGGGGCCGCCAUGGAGAACCUCGCUACGUUGAGCGCCGCGAUGCUCACGCCACGAUGCCACGAGCAGCUGUUCGUGCGCCUGAAUCUGCUAGACGUGCCCUGCCUCAAGAUCCUCAUCAGCAAAUGUCUGGGCAUGGGCAUCAUCGCCGGCUCCGUCAUGGUGAAGCUGCCGCAGAUCAUGAAGGUGACGCGGGCGCGUAGCGCGGCCGGGCUCAGCUUCCCGGCGGUGCUCACCGAGCUGUUUGCCAUCUCGGGCACCAUGGCCUACAGCAUCGCCAACGGCUUUCCCUUCAGUGCGUGGGGGGAGGCGCUCUUCCUCAUGCUGCAGACCGUCUCCAUCGGAUUCCUCAUCCAGCACUACGGAGGACGGACCGGCAGGGGAUUGGCGUUCGUGGCCGUGUACGCCGCCGCGCUGCAGCUGCUGCUGUCGUCGCUGACGCCGCCGUCCUUCGUCACCUUAAUGCAGGCGCUCAACAUGCCGGCCAUCAUCUUCAGCAAGCUGCUGCAGGUGGUCGCCAACUACAGGAACGGCCACACAGGGCAGCUGUCGGCCAUCACUGUGUUCCUGUUGCUGGGCGGCUCCCUUGCCCGCAUCUUCACCUCCUUGCAGGAGACGGGCGACCGCCUGCUGGUGGUCACGUACAUCGUGGCCUCCCUGUGCAACGGCACGCUGGCCGCCCAGCUGCUCUACUACUGGAACGCAGGGCCCGACGGCGCGGUGACCCCCGCCAAGAAGCGGCACUAGCUGCCCCCCCCCCCCCCCCCGCCGCAGAUCGUCCGGGCUCCGUCCGUCAUGGGCCGGGCCCCCCCUUCUCCACAGCCCCUGCUCCACAGCCCCCCCCCCCAGCCCCUCCCCCCACAGCCCCUCCCCCUCAACCGUGUUGUGCGGGAAACGUGUUUUGGGGCAGGUGGGGUUGUUUGGCAGGUGAUUGAAGGAUUAAUCCGUAUUGAAUGUAAUGAGGUGUGAGGCGGCGGUAUCUGCUGGGGGUGGGGUGAGGCUCUCUUGCACUGUGGCAAUAGGGGGGCGGGGGCAGCGAGGGCGCGAGUCUCCGUCCAGGUGAGGUGAUAGGAAUCAUGCCUAAACUAAAACUAAACUAUGAACUAUUUUUCACAAGGCCCACUGAGCUGUGUGUAGCUCUUUGUCGGAAGCGACCUGGCCGCAGGUGAUCGCCCCACGAAGUGGCUUAUCGCCAUCGGGUGGGAAUUUCUAGCGGACAGAAUGCUCUUAAGCGCACGGCGUUGAUUCUUAAUCUGGGGUGAAAAACCGGGGGACCCGGAGGAAAAUCCACGCGACCACGGAGAGAGAGAGACAUGCUAACAGGUGUCAGAGUUGGGAACGAACCCAACGACCUCCUGUAUACCAGGCGAGGGAGAUAACAUCUCGCCACUGUUUCACAACCCUGGAUUAGGCCACUACGUAAAGAUCUGACCACAUUUGUGUCAUUAAGAAUCCCCCACCACCGGCCACGGCCAAGCAAAUCAAAUUGCCACGCGGCGAACAAGCGUUUGACGAUGUUCCGGUUAUAAUUUUUUUUUCUUCGGCUCGCUCACCUUGGGCGAGUCGAAGGGGAAUUCCCGCGAGCAAAUCUAACGGCGAUUAAGACGCGGCGACGUCGCGCUUGAAACCGCGUCUAGAGUUCCUUCCGGACAGGAUCGAGGAAAUCGGAAAAUAAAAAUUCAGAAAGCACGAUCAGAACAUCGCUGCACGUGGCCAGGGGGAGCACUCAAUGACGCAAGUGUCCGUCGUCAGUUUUUUCUUCCGAUUGAGUUCCGAUGACGUGCACGAGCCGGAAUGGAACCGGAAGGAAAAUUAAAAUAAAGUAACUUUAUUGGUACCGAGGUUCCUGAAAGCCCACGCGGGAGGCCUGUGUGGCACAGCUUGGCGCCAGCCAUCGUAGAGUGCGGCGGUCGUGUCGCUGCGGUUCUCUGCGGUUGGUACCAACAACGUCUUUAAAAAUAGUGGCGGUACACCUCUGAAUAAAAUUAAGGCCGGGCCGCUUGCGCGUCGCGAGGUUCAGCGGUGAACGGGACACCCACCCUGCAGCUUGAAGAUGCCUCGGAAUGGGAGAGGGGUAACUGUAACGGAUGCAAUUGUCUUCGGCGGCUUGGAAGGGAAGCGGUGAACGGAAGCUCAGAUGUACACAAUUUCAGUGGAAUAAAAUGACAUUGUUU